AUGGCAGCUUCACUCAGCAAUGUCGGCUCGACGGUUAAAAAGGACACUCUUUCUGGCGAUUCCCAAGCCUCAGCUCACAACGCUGCUACAACUCCCCCUCAGAGAGCCCUGGCCGAGUUUCGGUCGCCUCCCCCAAUUCAAUCUGACCAACCUUCAGCUCGGUUCCGUGACACUCCUCGCGCAACACCACAUCGUCAGAAUUGGGGCCAUCGACGACGAGCUACUACGGCCCUGGGAGGUCAUUUCGCCACUUCACCUCGGAGAAUUCCCAUUUCCAGCUUACGAUACGAAGUACAGCGCCCUGAUGAUAUGGCUCCAGAUCGAGUAGUCCGUCAACAUCGCCGCAUUCGUACAGCUGGUACGCAUCGACGAUCUGACAGCUUCCUGCAAUACCUAGUGUCUGUUCAGAAUCUCACCCGAGCAAUUGCGGGUGCCCAGCAGGCUGGCCUUCAUGGGCAAGGGAAUGAACCAGCCCUUGCAAGUCAUCCACUGCAGAUGUCUCCCAUCAGCACAAGUCCACUACAUCAACAUCGGCCCCGGAGAUCUUCCUCAACAACAUUACUUCAACCGAACAUCGCAGGUCUAGGACGGGAUAUGGCCAAUCUAUCGAUUCACGCACGCAGCUCUCAGCCAUCUCAUCUGCCGACUAUCAGGGUGAUUUCCCCGACUUCCGCGCCCAUGACAUCGCCUUCGCGCCUGAGCAUGCAUUCUUUGGGGAAUGUGGACAUCCGCAUCGCUGAGCGUGAUACUCAACUCCCUUUCCAUUUGAACGGCUAUAAUCAGCAGAAUUGA